ACAAUGACUUUGUUUUCUUUCCAGCAGCAGUGACUGAGGGAUGGAUGUUCCCGAAACAAAAGACUCGCCUACACUUACCUUUGGAUUACCCGUUGCAUCAUCCAUUCUACAAAGUGGUAGCAGUUCCAGAGUUCGUAGAUACACAAAUGAAUACCACAGAUGGCCCCUGGAUAGAAUUUUCUAUUCGGAAAAUACAAGUACAUCUACAGAGUAGAGGUGAAUCACGUGUUCUGAAGAAACAGCAAACUUUCAUUAGUAUUGACAGACACAGUGGUGUUUUAUGGUUCACAAGAAAACCAAUGGAUGUAGGCCCUAAAAGUAUUUCUCAAGGCAAAACUAUAAAGAGUUUAUUAGUUAACUUCACUGUCCACGGCAAUACAAAAUCUAAAGGACCUGCGAAAAAAAUAGAGUUUAUACUUGUUUUGAACGGGAAUGUGUCUACCUACUGUGAUCCAAAAGCUACUUUGUGCUUUCCAAACUUAGAAACAACGUACCGUAUUUCCGAAGCAAGUUCUAAAGGGAUUAUCUUUGAUUACUUGAUGAAUCCAGGAUUUUCAAGUUUGUGCCCAAAUACAACUCUCCUGUACCGCUUGGCAACAGACCCAGCCAAUCCGAUGUCACCACUUGCUCACAUGAUCAUCGUCACUUCCCUUUCUACACAUUCGAAAGUUCUUCUUGGACUCAGCUUAGGUAUCAGUCUACCUCCAGACCCACAGUGGAACACCACUUCGAGGCAGCCGAAAUACUUGCAAGAAAAUCGCGGCAUACCAACGGUAAUUGGAGUUGGAGUGGUUGAAAUCUGUUUAUCGUCCUGUGUCAGCGGUGAACGUUUAAUUAGUUGUCAAUAUACGUCGUCAACAGCGGAAGAUGCCAUACCAGCAACUAAUGGAAUUCGAAAGAGGCCGAAUCGUUGGUAUGCGAGAGGGUGGACUUUCGUAUCGAGACCUCCUCCGUAUGACUGUGACGGAUCGUACAGUGAUCUCUCGAGUGUUAGCACAACGUUGAAGCACGGCUACAGGUGUUGUGAUGCCUAG